GAGUGCGCGCGCCCCGUGAGUUGAUCUGCUGCUGUCGCCGCUGGUUGCAGUCGAGCUCGCACCGGUCUCAAACUUGCAGUGCCGCCAGGGGAAGGGAGCAUGCACGGCGGCGAAGCUAGGCAGAGGGGCGAGCUACGCGCGUCAGCUCAGGCAUCAGAUUUUCCCCGUCUCCUGCCAUGAAUCACUGGCCGCUUCACCUGCAACAUCAGAGUUGCUGGUGCAAAGAUAACUACAUGUAUAUCGUGUGGCAAGGUGCUCUGGAAGACGGCUAACACACAGUCAUGUCUUCAGUGUGGCAUACAAUUUCAGCUCUAGGUAGUAUUUUUAAGGUGAACUGCAGGAACCUAUUAUGCCUCUUGGUCUUCACCAUAACUGUAUGUCACAGUGCCUCUGGAAUGUGCCCUACAUCUUGUAUCUGUGCUAGUGACAUUGUGAGCUGCACUGGCAAGAAUCUUUCAAGGGUGCCAUCAACACUCUUCAAGCAUAUAAGAAGGCUGGAUCUCAGUCACAACCGAAUAGGGAUUUUGGAUCAUGACUGGAUGCCUGUACUACUAGAGAAACUAAACACCCUUAUUGUCAGUCACAACAGUAUUAGCAGUAUUUCUGCUGGAAGCUUUUCUGUAACUCCAAAUGUCAAGUACUUAGACUUGUCCUCCAACAACCUGAGAUCACUGGGGAGCCCCGUUUUUCAGGAACUGAGAGUGCUGGAAGUUCUCCUGCUUUACAAUAAUUAUAUUGCACAGAUUGAUUCUGCAGCCUUUGGAGGAAUACACAGACUGCAGAAGUUGUAUUUGAGUUACAAUUCUCUUACAAAGUUCCCAAUAGAAUUGUACAUUGGGAAAUAUAAACUCUCAGAACUUGUACUGUUAGACAUUUCUUAUAAUCGUAUUCAGACAAUACCUAUUCAUUAUAUAAAUUUAGUGCCAGCCAGACAUCUUAGUGGAAUUUAUCUUCAUGGAAAUCCAUUUUACUGUGAUUGUACUCUUUAUUCCCUGCUAAGCUUUUGGUAUCUUAGACACUUCAGUUCCGUGGAGGAUUUCAAGACUGAGUACACUUGCAUGUUGCAAUCAGAUUCCAGAGGCUCUAACACUCUGCCUUUAUUGCAUGACAACUAUUUGAAUUGCUCUGAAAGUACCAUUAAUGGCUCUUUCUAUGCAUUUGGGCUUAUUCAUGAAGCCCAAGUCGGCGAAAGGCUGAUUGUACACUGCGACACUAAAAUCAGUGAUGCAGGUACAUACUUCAUUUGGAUCAGCCCAAACAAUCAAUUUCUGGAGCCUGACAAAACAACAGAACACUUCAGAGUAUUUCACAAUGGGAGUUUGGAAAUAGACGAGGCCCAGUACGAAGAUGCUGGGCUUUAUUCCUGCACUGCAAUAAAUAAGAGAAGACUACUGAAUGAAACUAUCGAGAUGAGGAUAAAUGUCAGCAAUUUCACAGUGGAUAGGUCUCACUCUCAUGAAACAUUCAAUACCGCUUUCACUACUCUUGCUGCAUGUGUUGCCAGUAUUAUCUUGGUACUUCUGUACCUCUACCUGACUCCAUGCCCCUGUCGGUGUAAGGCAAAGAGAAAGAAAAGGAAGUUGAACCAAAGUAAUGCUCACCCUUCAAUACUGACCUCCAGUGCUCCCCAUGAACUUCCAUCAGAUGAAAAGAAAGCCAGCAGUGGUAAAAGGGUGGUAUUCCUUGAGCCUGUGAAGGAGCCAAAGCCAGGACAGAAUGGGAAAGUAAGGAUGUUCACCAAUGAUAAUGUCAUUACAGAAAGUAUCUUAAAAACCCCUCGAACAAAGUCAGACUCAGAUUCUGUGAACUCUGUGUUCUCAGACACACCAUUUAUGCCGUCUUCUUAGUAUUCUGCCUGUGUUCAUUUUGUACAGUUACUUUCUCAGUUAGUUACCCCUGCCUUUAGUCAGCCUUUUAAAAAAAGAGACUUUUUCAAAAAGUGCAAGAAAUCACUGGAAUAAUUACCUGGUUGUUUCUCCGAUCAGCAAGACAGGGACGGCAAAACAUGCCAUCAUUAUAUAAGCUGGAACUAAAGCUGGGGAGGAGAGCUUUGCUACAUGUUUUCCUAGUUCUCUGUUAGAAAGAGGUCCAAUUAUGGUAUAUGCUGCUGUUCUUUUAAUAUUUGUGCUUAAAAGAAUUGGGUAUAGUCUGAUGGGUCAUCCGUAUGUACUGCUCCCAUUCACUAAAGUGAGCUUACAUUGAAGAAUUUCCCAUUAUGUUAUGCCCUUAGCUUGUUACCUGUAUCAAGCUGGUAGUGUUAUAAUAUCAGGGAAUAACAAUCAAUAUGCCACUUAGAACUUAAAAAGAGAGAGAGAAGUAGCCAUUUAUUAAGCUUCUGGGUUCUACCCUAUGGCCCUGAACAUAUAAUAAUAUGAAUGAAGUUAUACAAAACAUACUAUUCCACAAGAGUUUUUAUAUAAACUAUGAAAUAGUUUGAUUUCCCCUUCUUUUGUAUACUGCAGUUUUAAUAACCAGAAACAGAAUGUAUGAAUGUUUGGUAUAUGAAACUUUUACUGAAUUUCAGCUUGGGCAGAAAACUGCUCUGAGGGCAGUCCUCAGUAGGUCUACACAGAAGUAAAUCCCUUGUUAUUCAUUGGGGCUUACCCCCAGAAAAGUGUCCUUGGGACUACAGCUUCUAUCCUGUAAACCACUUAAGCCUCUGGUGUUUGCAUCUGAAAGGGGGCAAGGCUUCUGUCCUAGUAAAACAUCUGGAACAGGACAACAUUCAACACACAUGGUCUCUCCAUUAGCACCAAAUGAAAUUGCACCCAUAAAACGUAGUUCAGAGGUUUUUAAAAAACAACAGCCCUUUCUUUUUUGGAAUGUGACCACUUAAGCCUACCUGCAUCUAUUUAAAAAUGUGCUUAGGUGUUUGUGGGUUGACCAUGAAAUACCAUGAAGAAAACAAAAUUUGUUUUUGUAAGAUGAGCAACCAAGAUUUGUGCAAUUAGGUGUUUUGUAUAAAAGAUACUGCACUUUGAACACUUUUGCUGACACAAUGUGAGCCAUAAUGGAAGCCAUCAGCCUUGAAUGGAGCACAACUGGUGCAGCCAGAACUCCUGAAUAUCAGCAAACUAAUAGUUUGUGCCUGUGGACUUUGCCUUCUAGAACUGACAGUGGGACCUGGUUGCAUGCAGUUUGCUGGACUGCAGCCUUAUUUGGAAGAUUCAAAUAAUUCAGUUGAUCUUUUAAUUGUCUAAUUAUAUAUUACCUGAAUGGCACAAAGUGAAGCUGAUUUGAUGACAUUUACAUUCUAUGGUUUGAUAUACAAAAUAUAAGCGUAAUCUUCAUUUUCUGUAUGGAUAAGUUCUGAGAACGUUCCAUCCCAAUAUGAAGCUGUAUUGCAGUAGAAAACCAUUGUGUGGCCUGCAUUUUCUUUUCAUAUGUCUUAAAUGUUUGCUUUACAAAACAAAGUACCAAAAAGAUGGUCUUUCAUGUAAAAAUGAAGCUUUUUGUAUGCUGAACAUUGUUCAUACUACUCACAUUCUGAUCAUAUAGAUACAUGUAGCUUCAGUAGCACACAGAACAGCUUCCGGCAACACAACUUCAGAAAUAAGAAGGAAGAUGAAGAAAACCAGCCUUGCUAAGUUGUAUGUUAGUUGCAAUCUUGGUUGCUGUGAAAUAGUAGUCAUGUGUCAUUCUGCUAGCUUAGCUGGCUCCACGGAGUCAUAAAAUACUUUUGGGAUGGCAGAUGAAUUGUUCCCAAUCCUAGUCUUUCCAAAUCUGAGCCAUAGAACACCUUUACUUGACACCCUUCAGCCACAUCUAACAAUGCUGGCAGCAGCUGCCAUAGUUUUGCCAACUGCUGCUUGGACUUGGCAUCCUGAACCAACUCCAUGCCAACAGCUGUGUUCCAUUGAUGCAGAAGUCAUUUGGACUAUGCCUUGGACCUAAUUUGUAAGUCAAGCUCUUCAUAAGAUCAGGGCACCCAGCUUGUGUAUGAGUACUGUAUGUUCCUCUGAGAAAAGUCCCAUUUCAUAGCUUCAGUUCUUUCCAGUAAAUGGGAAUGAGCGUGAUCUACUUCAAGUAGGUUUUACAUUGACAAGUGAGAUUGUUGUUACUAGCUGUGAGCCUGUGCAAUAGGGCAUCUUAUAAAUUUACACUAAGAACACAUAAUUCUGAUUGCCCCAGUUAUUCAGUGUGAUAGUUCUUGUUUUAACAAUAAACUAUCCUGAGAACA